CCGCUAAUAGAUAGAUACGCCGCGCCUCCCUCGCUUGCGUUGGGUGGGCCUAUGGACUACGACCUUUGGUGCGGAUCUUCCAUGUUACCUUUUGGCCUACGAGAACGCUCGAGCUCUAAAUGUAUAGGCGUCUCAAUAAGGAUAAUAAUAAGGAUAAGGAGCCUAGUAUAUUGUAAUAUACUUUAUAGCUUAUAG